AAAAAAAAAUAAAGGACGCACUGACUCAGUCGACGCAUCAAGUUCUCUUCCUCUCUUCAAUUGUUUGAAAGAUUUCGUAUCUUCUACCUCAGUCGAGAUUGAGAACUUUGAAUUAUCUAUGGAGCACAACAGGAGCGGUAUCCAGGAGCAAACAAACACAUUCUGGACACAGUGCCCCUUUUGUUGCACAAAGCUUCAAUACUACAGAGACAUUCUGGGUUGUUUGCUCAAUUGUCAUAUAUGCCGAAAAGCAUUUGAAGCUCAUGAAUUGAAGAAAGAUGUUCAUAGUGAAUCGCUAAAAUCUGCCCCGAGUCCCAUUACCAAAGCAGGUAACUUCAUCGAUCUCUCUGCUGAAACCUUAAACUAUUACGAUAGUGAUGAAGAGGUUAGGGUUCUUAGGUUCAAACCCUCCAAUAUUCCUUUCGGGAAAAGGAAGCGAAACGAGGGUUCCAUUUCCAAACCCCCAUCUUUUGCAUGUGAAAUUUGUUUAGAGACUAAGUCAGCACACGAGUCGUUUGGUAUCAAAAACUGCACCCAUGUAUAUUGUACUGAUUGUGUGGUCAAAUACGUGGACUCGAAGCUGGAACAGAAUAUAGCAAGCAUAGGGUGCCUUGUACCCGAUUGCAAUAAAGGGUCACUGGAUCCCGAACAUUGCCGUUUGAUUCUGAAACCCGAGGUGUUUGAGAAAUGGGGAAAGUGGUUGUGCGAGGAUGUGAUUACUGGGUCUCUGAAAUUUUACUGCCCGUUUAAGGACUGCUCCACAAUGUUGAUUGACGAUGGGGAAGAGGUGGUGAGGGAGUCAGAGUGCCCUAGUUGUAAAAGAUUGUUCUGUGCACAGUGUAAGGUUCCUUGGCACACUGGGAUUACUUGUGAAGAGUUCAAGAAGCUGAAUAAGGAUGACACUGCAAAGGAGGAUAUCAAGAUGGAGAGACUUGCUUACAAGAAGCAUUGGAGAAAGUGCCCAAGGUGUGGGAUCUAUGUCGAAAGAACCGGAGGCUGCUCAACAGUACACUGCAGGUGUGGAACUUAUUUCAGCUUCCAUUGUGGACGAUGGGGUUGUGCUUCCUGUAGAAACAGAAAGAGAGGUUCUAAAACUUUGGGCUUCUACAUGUUCUUUGAAGAGUACAGAAGAAUUCACCGAUCCUAUUCUAAAGAUACUCUUGAACUUGUUAAUGAGAAAUGGAGAUCCAUGUCUCGUUCUGAAAAAAACCCUAUGAGAACCCACCGAUGAGACCGACUAGAAUCUUGUUUAAGCCAAGGUGAAUGAAGCAAUAUGAGUUACUUAGUUGAUACCUACAUACAUUUUUUUCUUUCUGAAGCUCUUUUGUUAGGAGAACAAGGCAAAAUGGAUAGCGUUUUCUGGCUUCUCCUUGUUUAAAAAGGAGGAUUUCAUGGAGGAGCGCCGCUGAAAGAGAAUCGGAGGAGAGAAGGUGACUGCCUCUCCGAUCGGGUUUCUGAUGCCGGCCACGGCGGCGUGCAUGGCUGGUGGUGGUAGCUUCACCUUGACCUGGAGAACCUCCAUGUGGCUUCAAUAUGUCGAGACGAGCAG